AUGGACUCAACAUUAGAGUUAAGAAACAAACGUGGUGUAAUCAAAGCGCAACUUACUCGAUUUACAACAUUUUUGAACAACAUAUCAGAUAAAAAAAUAACUGAAUUACCCGACAGACUUCUAAAAUGUGAGGAAUUAUGGGAUGUUUUCGAAUCAAUUCAAUCGCAAAUUGAAGUUAUUGAUGAAAGAGAAUUAGAUUCUAAUGAAAGGCAAACAUUUGAGGACUCAUUUUAUGAUACAGUUUCAAGAGCAAAAGAAAUACUCUCUAAUUCAACGCAACAUAAUGCAAAAACAACGGUGAACAAUCAACCAAUAUCAGAGCAUGUACCAUUAGUUUCAAGUACUAUCAAAUUACCCACCUUAGAAUUACCACAUUUCAAUGGAGCAUAUGAUCAAUGGAUUCAAUUCAGAGAUACAUUCAAGUCUUUAAUACACACAAGUACUACUUUAAGCAAUAUACAGAAAUUUCAUUAUUUACAAUCAUGUCUUAAAGAUGAAGCUGCGCAAAUCAUUCAUUCACUAGAAAUAUGUGAUAAAAAUUAUGAAACAGCAUGGAAACUUUUACAAGAACGAUUUGAAAAUAAACGCCUCAUUGUACACAAGCAUAUAAGAUCACUUUUCGAAUUAGAGCCCCUUACGAAAGAUUCAUUAACCUUACUUCGAAAGUUAUCGGAUGAUGUCAAAAAGAAUUUACGUGCAUUAAAGUCAUUAGAUCUACCAACUGAAUCAUGGGAUGCACUUCUCAUAUAUAUGAUUUCAAGUAAAUUUGACCCGAGUACCAAAAUGGAAUGGGAAAAAACAAUAGUUUCAAAUACCUUACCAGACAUGGAACAGUUGUAUGGUUUCUUAGCGCAGAGAUGUCAAAUUCUAGAAACAAUUGCAUCCUGUAAACCAGUCAAUACAAGUAAAGGCAUUAAUUCAUUAGAACAAGGAUAUAAAUCGCGUACAAAUAAAAACAACUUCUCGAAAUCAUUUCUUUCAACAAAUCAAUCGAACUCUUGUCCUUUCUGCAAACAGGCACAUUACCUUUAUCAAUGCCAAAAAUUCAUUGACUUACCAUCAAAAUCAAAAUAUAACGAGGUCAAACAACUCAAACUAUGUAUCAAUUGUUUACGUUCAAAUCAUUUUAGUCCUGAUUGUCAUGCAAGCGGCUGCAAAAAGUGCGGAAGAAAGCAUAAUACAUUGUUACAUUCAGAAUCUUUUGAGAGGAAAUAUUCUAAUAGAAGCAAUCAUCUAGAAUCGAACAACAAUCAAUCGAACCUUCAUGCGGAUCAGGCAUCUACAAGCCACCAAAGGGAAAAAACAGAAUCAUCAAUAUCUACUCAUUGUUCUUUUAAUCAAUCUCAAAUACUUCUUUCAACAGCACUUGUAUACGCAAUUGAUAAAUACAAUCAACCACACGAAGUGAGAGUUUUACUGGAUAGUGGUUCAAUGAAAAACUUUAUAACAUCGGAUAUGUGCAAUAUAUUACAUUGGCCGAAACAAAAGAUCAAUUCGUCAAUUUCUGGCAUUAAUGAAACAGUAACAAGUUCAACAUAUAUGACGCAGGGUACAAUAAAAUCCAAAUUCAAUCAUUUCAAGUUAAAUACCACAUUUGUUGUUUUGGAUAAAAUCACAGACAAUUUACCUAUCAAGAAAUUAAACAUUAAUGAACUGAAAAUUCCCGAUAAUUUAACAUUAGCUGACAAUUCAUUUAAUGUACCUGCUCCAAUAGAAAUGCUACUUGGGGUAACUGUAUUUUACGAUUUGUUGUGUGUGGGACAAAUACGCCUUCAAAGGGGUCAUCCUAUUAUGCAAAAAACUAAAUUGGGAUGGAUAAUUUCGGGAUCCUUAUUUUCAACGCCCAAGCCCAAUUAUGACGAGGUAUCGGUAUGCAAUUUAUCCACGGAUUCCAUUGGACAGCAAUUGGAAAAAUUUUGGGUUAUGGAGGAUUACGACAAUAGACCAAGGCUAAAUAAAGAAGAAAGGGAAUGCGAAAUAAAUUUUAUUCAAUCUACCAAACGGGAAGAGGAUGGACGAUUCUCGGUAACAUUACCCACAAGGGAAAAAAUAUCGGAACUUGGCAGUUCCUAUGAAACUGCAGUGCGGCGAUUUGACAUGUUAGAAGCGAAAUUCAGAAAAAACGUAAAUUUCAAAAAACAAUACACGGAAUUCAUGAACGAAUAUAUCGAGUUGGGACAUAUGAAAAAAUUAGCUCAAAACAAAGAAAAUCACAACGAAAGAAACGUAUUUUAUUUGCCACAUCAUGGAGUCUUCAAGGAUGGUAGCGAGACAACAAAAUUGCGUAUUGUGUUUGACGGUUCUUGCAAAACAGAUACAGGAAUCAGUUUAAAUGAUUGUCUGCAUGUUGGACCAACAUUGCAGGAUGAUCUUUUCACAAUUUUAAUUAGAUUCCGGCAACAUAAUAUCGUGAUCUCAGCGGACAUUUGCAAAAUGUAUCGCCAGGUGUAUGUCCAAGAGGAGCAAAGAGAUCUGCAAAGAAUCUUAUGGCGGGCUGAACCCAGUAAACCGAUUGAUACAUAUGUGCUCAAUACCGUCACUUACGGAACGUCACCAGCAGCAUUUCUCGCCAUACGGAGUUUACAACAGGUUGGAUUAGAUAAAAGAAAAAACUAUCCAGUAGCAAGUAACAUGAUCUUGAACGAUUUCUACGUAGAUGACCUUUUAUCGGGGGGAAACAGCGUUCAAGAGGUCAAGCAGGCAAGGGCAGAUUUAAUUAAAAUAUUAGGCGAAUAUGGUUUCGUUUUGAGAAAAUGGAUGUCCAACAAACAAGAAGUAUUAACCCUUAAUUACUACACAAAAAUUUUGUAA